AUCGAUUGAGCAGCACUGAUGGCAAAGCAACAAGAAGAUAACGUGGUGUCGCAAUCGAGACGAGGGACACGAGAGGUUCAUUUUCUUGAGCUCUUGACGAAACUUUUCGUUAAUUGCAAUUAAAUAGAAAAUAACAUUAUUUUCAUAAUAUGUUUGUAAUAAUAUAAUAAUAAAUUCUACAAUAUGAGAAUUGCAAUUUUAAAACUUUAUAAAGAUUUAUUACGUUAUGGUGAGCAGUUAAGAUUUACAGAUAAAAAAUAUUAUCGACAAAAAAUACGAGAAGAAUUUAAACAGAAUAAAUAUCUAACCGAGGUGGCAGACAUUGACUUUCAAUUGAAGAAAGGAUUGACUUUACUGAAAAAUCAAAGAGUGGUGUAACUUAAAUCAUGAAAAUUUAUUAAAAUAAUGUAUGAUCAAGAUGAAUAUACACGCUACUAAUACCGUAUUUUCAUACGUACAAUCUAUUCUGAGUAAACGUUUA